GCAGCAACGGAAGCAAAGCAAAAAUACACGUCAUGGACUCAGUAAAAGGAAAGUUGCAGACACAAAUACAAACAGUUAUAGUGGAGCUCAAAGAUGCCAUUUACGGAAACCAUAACGGGACGGAAAACGAACGAUCGCAGAAAGUGUGUAAAAGAGAAAUAUUUCCAAUUUUAGUUAGCUAAAGUAGCCAAACAUUCGCAAGUAACAACAAAGACAACUUAGGAAUGGAUAAUGACACAGUGCCAGCUAUUGGGCCCACAGCUAGAAAGCGCAGCAAUUGUGUGCCCUACGAAAAGGCACUCGGCAACUUUGACAACGUAAGCACAAAGCAUAAAAUGAAUCAAGCUACCAUCGCCGCCAUACGCAACGAGGCGCUAUUGCAGCUACAGCAACACCAACAGCUGGCGCGUGCUUCCAUGCUUUAUGUUAGCUUCGUGAACCUCUGCAUUUUCAUAGCAGGCACAAGUGUAGCUUUCAUACUCUACGAGUUCUGGCAUAUCAAUCCAUAUGGCGUGUUGCGACAGGCAAACAAACAAUUGCAACACCUGCCCGACAAUCAUUUCCUACAAACACGCGAUGAUUUCGCUGUUUACGCAGCGUCAGGCACGGGAGCGCUGGACUUGGAUGCGCUCAAAGAGUUAUAUGUUAGUGCGAAAGAAGAGGAGAGUGGGCGUGCUUCAGCAACCAAUGUGAAAGAGGCACUUGACUCUUUAAGAUUGGCAACGGAAAUGCGCGGAUUAGGUAAAGCUGAGAAGGCGCAGCGUUUGUAUGAGCAUGCUUUCGCAUUGGCGCCAAAGCAUCCUGAAGUUUUGCUGCGCUACGGCGAAUAUCUGGAGCACAGUCAACGCGAUAUUGUGCUGGCGGAUCAAUAUUAUUUUCAAGCGUUGAUGUUAAACCCCACCAACACUGAAGCGGUGAAUAAUCGUCAGCGCACCGCUGGCAUUGUACAAUCCAUUGACGAACGCAAGCUAGAGUUGCUUGACCUGAAGCGUGACGCACUUUCUGCAGUGCACGAAUCGAACGCGGCAUUGCGGCGCGCGAAAAAAGAGGCUUAUUUCCAACAUAUCUAUCACUCGGUGGGCAUAGAGGGCAACACAAUGACUUUGGCGCAAACGCGCUCCAUUUUGGAGACACGCAUGGCUAUCGACGGUAAAUCCAUUGAUGAGCACAACGAAAUUCUUGGUCUGGAUUUGGCUAUGAAGUACAUCAAUGCAAGUUUGGUUAACAAAAUUGAGAUAACUUUAAAGGACAUAUUAGAAAUACAUAGAAGGGUGCUGGGUCAUGUGGAUCCCAUCGAGGGUGGCGAAUUUCGUCGUACGCAAGUGUAUGUGGGCGGUCAUGUGCCGCCCGGUCCUGGCGAUUUGGCAGUGCUAAUGCAGCAUUUCGAGCACUGGCUGAAUGCGGAGCAAACGGUUUCAUUGCAUCCAGUCAAGCAUGCGGCCUUAGCUCACUACAAGCUGGUGCACAUACACCCCUUUAUUGACGGCAACGGGCGCACGUCGCGUCUACUCAUGAACGCUUUGUUGAUGCGCGCGGGCUAUCCGCCCAUUAUAAUACCAAAACAGCAGCGGCACAAAUACUAUCAGUUUCUGCAGGUGGCCAACGAGGGCGACAUACGCCCCUUCGUGCGUUUCAUUGCCGAUUGCACGGAGAAGACGCUCGAUCUGUAUCUGUGGGCKACGAGCGAUCUGCCGCAGCAGAUACCGAUGUUAGCGCAAACCGAACACGAACUGGCUCAUGUGGAUAAGUUGGUGACACCGUCGGGUGAAACUGCGACGAACCGUGGAUMUACAGAGCCCAUAGCAGAUAAAUUCGAAUCAGGUUCCGGCGAAAUUCCUUAACAUUUCAUGAAGUUGUUGUUAUUACUGUAUGCCAUAGAUUUUAGCGGCCAAAGCAGRGUCGCGGAUGUAUUAAUUUAAGUGUAGGUUGCAUAUGCGGGGUAAUUAGUGUAAGUGGAAGAUAUUUUGUUUUAGGGUUGAAAAUCCAGUGUAAUUGUUUGUUGUUAGUACAUAUUUAAUACUUAUGUAGUAGUAGAUAUGCAACACUUGACUGUGAUCUGUUAGAAGUGUGUGAGAUUUAUGAUAAAACUUGGCAUAUCGCUCCGCUAUGUGAGCCAAAGCUGCUGUGUA